AUGUCUUCGAGCUGCUGCUCUUCGGGGGCCGAGGGGGGCGAGAGGCGCAAAUGGAGACGACUGCACGGCCUGCAGCCACCGCUGCAUCCACAACAGGUUGUCGGUUGGGUCGCGUUGUUUGUGUUUGGAGUGGCGUCGUUCUGUGUGCUCGUACCCUCGUGUGCUUCCGUCUUGCGUGCUCCGUUAUCGGCGAUCCUGGCCGCACUGUUCGUUCUCCACGUGGUCGCCCACCUGGCCGCGUUGCUCCUGGACCCGGCCGACCCUGAGCUGCGUCGCUUGGGUCCAGCAUCCUCAGCCGUGCCUGAGUUUGACCGCUCCCGGCACGCACACGUCAUCGAGAACGGCCGCUGUCACCUGUGCAACAUCGAGACCUCCUCCCCGCGCACCAAGCACUGCAGCGUCUGCAACAAAUGCGUGGGCCGCUUCGACCAUCACUGCAAGUGGCUCAACCACUGUGUCGGCGGACGCAACUACGCCGCGUUCCUGGUCUGUGUGGUGUCGGCCGUCUGUGCCUGCACCGUCAUCCUGGGCAUCUGUGUCUCCGAACUAGUCCUCCUCCACAUCGACACCACCCGACUCGACCCCGACUGGCUUCCCCAACGUCCCACCACCCUUCCUCCUCAGAUCUUCCUGAUCGUGGUCUCCCUGGUGGGCGCCCUUGCAGGGGUAGCCGCCGCUCUCCUCCUCCACCUCUGCCUCUUCCACAUCUACAUCUCCGUCCUGGGCAUCACCACCUGA